AUGAAAGUUAUUUCGUUUAACCAACCACAAUAUCUUCAUUAUACUGAUGAAAAAGAUAGAGCAGAGAGAAUUGUUAAUAUUCUCUCUAACAAAGAAGUAUUAACUUUGUAUGAUUCAAAUAAUAGUUUAUUAACAUCUAAAUCAAUAUUUAAUUACAUCCAAAGAGAACGAGAUGUUUAUUUUGUUGCAGAAGAUGAUAAGGAUAAUUGUUUUGGUUGUUAUAUAUCAAAAGCACCAUCAUAUAUGGGAAUUGGAAUAACAGAUCAACACCAUUACAUCUUUUCUUGUUCAUUAGAAAGUGAUGAAAUAAAUACAUUUGAUUAUCGGAUACUCACUACAUCUGUUUACAUCCCAUUAGAUUCAAUAUCAUUUUUAAUUGUCAUUCUGCUUUUUCUGUUGAUGACCAAUUAA